AUGGAAUCAAACUUUGAAUCUUCAAUAAAAUGCAAAUGUGACAAUAAUGUGAGUGGAUUUUCAGUGUUAUAUAUAUGUAUUUUGCAGAUGGUGGUGGUUAGAGUUCCAACCCUUGAUUGUGAUGGUUGUGCUGCCAAGAUUAGAAAAGCUCUUCUCAAGCUUAAAGGGGUGGAUGACGUGGACAUAGAGAUGGAAAUGAAGAAGAUCACGGUGAGAGGAUACGGUUUGGAAGAAAGGAAAGUGGUGAAGGCUAUAAAGCGAGCAGGGAAAGUAGCGGAGCCAUGGCCGUACCCGGUGGGGUCCUCACAUUUGGCUUCCUUCUACCGCUAUCCUACUCAGAUCGCCGCCCAUUACUACCAGUCCAUGAUCUCCUCCUCCGCCGACUUAGCCGCCCCCGCCGUUCACGCGUUCUUCCACACUCCGGCACUUUACUCCGUCGCGGUGGCGCCGGACGAGGCUUUUGCCUCUCUCUUCAGCGAUGAUAAUCCCCAUGCAUGCACCAUUAUGUGA